AGUAGUAGAGAUUUUAGUCUUUCCGAUGAUGCACGUUUAUUAAAAGGCGACGUCCCGUCGACUGUGAAGGGUCACUGUAGCGACUUCGUCAAUCUUAAAAUAUCGUGCCGACGUAGUUCUUUGCUUAAAAAGGCCUAUAUAUUGUCUACGUGUUGCAGUUGCAAUAGGGCGCAUGUAUGCAAUCAUAAUGAUUUAUUUGGUUAUUCUUGAUGUGAAUACAUAUUAAAAAAAUGAAGGCGAGAUACAUGCGCCCUUCAUUAAUGAGACACUCAUUGAGGCCACAAAACUCUAACAUCAGAGGCACCCCCAUCUCCCAGCGCCAAUAUGACAACCGAAGGUGAGAAGACAAAAAGAAGCACUAGCGCCAGCUGUUGUUCUUCCUCAUACCCCAAUUUCUCUCCAAUGAAUUAUGGUUGACGACAUCGGUUUGUUGGCAUCCAAGCCUAAACUAGGUCAUAUCAUAUAGGCCCAAUGUGGAGCCUAUGCUAUUAUCUCAAAUUGAACAGGUAAAUAGAUUUCUGAAUGAGUUACGUAAGAGGAUGAAGCCAAGUCCCCUUAUACCCUGGGCGACACAUGUGUUACAAUGGGCGGGACAAAAGUCCAAGCAGAGCCCAUGUAGGCCCAAUGUUGUGCCCAUGCUGAAAAGAACGAGGUUUCUCUUUCUUUUUCUCCAUCCGAACAUUUCAAAAAAAAAAAAAUUCUAACCGCACGAUGGAGGAGUCCGCAACAACAAGGCAGAUCAACAAAGCUAAGCUAAGUAUAUGUAUGGUAUGAAACGCAAGUUGAUCCUGGGGCCACAAAUUUCCUCACCAGAAUUAGGCAUAUGCAUGCCCACUAAACAAGUUAUAUAAGUACUCCUAAUCUCUAAUUAGCUGUAAGAUAUAUACUCAAUCGCGGUCCAGUCGUAGCUACCUAUAAAUUAAAUAUCCACCUCUUCGAUUCGAAGGCAACUUUGAUACGCUGCUUGUCACUGAUGACCUUUUGAUCAUGACAGUAAGGUCAUCUGUGACACGCAGAGCAUUAAAGAUGGGUGUUUCGUUCUCCAAUUUGUCUGUCACGUUCGCAUUUCCUUUCGAAUACAUCAAGGUAUACCUGCAUCAUAUUCUUGGCGGUUUUCGGUCCUGAGGGAGCUCUGUAUGCAGAAUCGGUGCCCAUAUCAUGAGGGGCGUCCCUAGAUGCAUAAGAGCAUCAUGAGGGGCGUCUCCGAAUUUUGUUUAUUUAUUUAUUUUUCGCACGUGUUUUCGGCUUUUUAAACGGUUUUUUCGACUUUUUGGUUUUUCAUCGGUCUUCCUUAGCUUUUGGACAAAAAAAAUUUUGGGCAAAAAAACACAUCUUUUUUCUUUCGCAAGAGGCACGGCCAUGCCUCUUAGAAAAAAAUAAUAUUUUUUGUUUUUCUUUCUUUCGAGAUGCAUGGUUGUGCUUUCGCGAGAGGCGCGGUCGUGCCUCUCGGAAACGAAAAAAAAUGUUUUUUUGUUUUUUUUUCUUUCGCGAGAGGAACGGCCGUGCCUCUUUCGAGAAGGAAAAAAACGUGCUUUCGGUUCGGUUUUUUUUGUUUUGUCUUUUUUUGAAAAAAAAUCGUCAAAACCUAUCAACAUAAGGUCUAUUUUUGAAUAUCUCAACGCGAGGAAUCCAAUGAUGAAAAUAAAACGUUUUGAAUAAAUGCAUGUAUGAAAAAAAAGUAAAAACUCACAGGUUGCGACAAGUGGCACGCUUACAAUGCGCCACUUGUCGCAACCCGAGGAGGUGGGAGUGAUCUUUAAAAGAAGUACUCCUUAAUUAAUGAUUUCGGACGAAGUCAAAAGAGUCAAAUGAGGCAUCAACCAAUGGAAUAGUGCCAUUCCCUUUUCCCCCUACAUGCCGACUUGAUUAACUAAGCGGCCUUGCCUGGGCCUGGAGGCGCAGCACGUGGGCCGACAUGGCACGGCCCGCUUACUAAUCGUGGCCUGGGCCAAUAAGCAUGGGCCGGGCCGGCCCGUUUGGCCAGCUCUGCAACACUUCCCUCCACGAAUCAAUACACUAGAGUGUCCGCCCUCAUUCUCAAAAAAAAAAAAAGAAGAAGAAGAAGAAGACCAGAGCAGUGUCCGCCACCCUCCUCUCGCUCCCGCCGCCAUGGAUAUGGAUGGAUGAGCUUGCUUCUCCCCCAGAAACUCCAUCCCCCCCACGCGUAUCUCGCUCUAUCGGAAUCCCCGUCCCGGUGGCUUCCCGUCGACCCAACCCUCGUCCACAUGCAUUGAAUUGACCUCGUCCGCUCUCCGCUGACCUCCCAAGGAUUCACUCUGCUAGCACACGAGAGUGAGGACAGCCCACCGCGCGUUCGUCUCCAUGAGCGGUGGCGGCGGUUGCUCGGGGGCGGCCUCGUCGGAGGGCCUCUCCGGGGAUGGCGGGGGCACCGCGUGGCGGCGCAUCUACGACCGGGUCGAGGAGCUCGCCGCCGACCGCGCGCGCGUGGAGGCCCUCAACAAGACCCAGCGCGAGCUGUCGGAUGCCCGCCUCCUCCAGGCCAAGGAGAGCAGGAAGAGGUGGAAGGCGGCCUACAUUGACCGCCUACUUCCGGGUGCUAAUCAGAAGCUCGUCGGCUAGAAUCGAAGGAAGCACUGAAUUUCUGUCAAGUUAUAUAUGUUGCUGCUGAUAUCAUUACCGUUCCGUGUGUACAAUGUACAACUCCGACAGAAUGACGCAGAUUCCAGGGAUUGUGUAGAUCUGGUAGGCGCCGAUAACUCAGUACCAACGCCCAAGGAAGCUACCGGUCAAAACAAUGCUGAUCAGGUGGAUAUACCAGGAGAUUUAACAGCAGAGCUAAGGAAAUUAAAGCACGCUUACGAGACCCUGAGCUCAAACAGGGAAAAGGAAGCUUCUGCACAACUUGCGGUAAAGGAUUUUCUGUGGAACCAGUUGAGGACAAUGGACAGGGAUCACAUGGCGCUUCUUCGGAUAAAAGAAGUGGAGGCGGCACAAGCUACUGAAGCAGCACAAAAGCGUCAGCAGAGCAUAGAGGAGCUGCAAGUGGCGGCUCGGAAGAAGGAUGAUGAGAUUGCCAGGUUGAGAGCACAAGUAGUUGUUGCAGAAAACAAGGUUACUAGUCAAAAGCGCAGGCGACUGGGAUGUACGUUCAAGAUCUUUGUGAAGAUCCCGACCCUCGAUGGCAAGACCAUCGCGCUCGAGGUUUCUGAUUCAGAUACGAUCUUCAGUGUGAAGGCUAAGAUUCAAGACAAAGAGGGCAUCCCUGCUGGCCAGCAGAGACUCAUGUACAUAAAUACACUGCUGGUGGGCAGCUGCGCUCUCAAGGACCAGAACAUCCAGAUCCAGGAGGAGGACAUUCUUGACCUUGUUAUCCGAGGUAUGCAUAUCUUCGUGAAGGUGCGCGCUGGCAAGAGCGCCGUCGAGACCGUCACUCUUGAGGUUGAGAGCUCGGACACUCUUCAGA